UAUAAUUAUUAUUAACAAAAGAAAAUGAUGCAGCACAGCGCUCUACUACCUCUGGCCCUCGUGCUGAUCUCCUGCGGAGCAGCAUUCGCCUGCCAUGGCAAGCUGAUCGCAUCGGGCAUCACCGCCGAGGAGAGAUCAAUCAUCUUGCAGGAACACAAUCGCCUCAGGCAACUCGUUGCCACGGGCCGCUAUCCGGGCCAGCCGGGCGCCGAGAAUAUGCGCGAGAUCGUCUGGGACGACGAGCUGGCCGCCCGCGCCCAGCAAUGGGCGGACAACUGUCAGUUCCGGCACGAUCCGCACCGCACAAUAAAUCGCUUUACCAUGGGCCAGAAUCUGGCUGUCAUCUGGAGCACUGCGCCACUGGAUCCCGACGAUGGCGAUUUCCCAUCGCGCAUCCAGAACUGGUUCAACGAGGUGCAAAAGUAUUCGUUCGGCGAUGCCUGGUCGCCCAAGACGGGCCACUACUCCCAGCUCGUGUGGGGCGAGACCAGCCUGGUGGGCUGUGGCUUUGCCGAGUACAAGGAUACGAUCAAGUACAACAAGCUCUACGUGUGCAACUAUGGACCGGGUGGCAACGUAGUUGGCUACAAUCCCUAUGAGGUGGGCAAGCCAUCGUGCGCCACCUACGGCAUGAAGCCCUCGUCACGGUACCAGGGACUGUGCGCCGCGCCAGGCGCUGUGCCGGCGGCCCCCAACAGCGUCUAUGGUGGCAACACAAUUGAAACGUAUGAAUACAGCUACAGUUCUUCAGCUAGCAAGAGCAACAGCAACAGCAACAACAACAAGCCGACUAACAACAUUAACAAGAGCCUAUUAGCAAACAGCAAACAGAGCAACCAAAACCAAAACCAAAAUAAUCCCAAUCAACAAUUUACCCCCUCCUCCUCCUCCCAAUUCCCUAAACAGGCAGCACCACCAUCUCCACCAGCAGCACCAGCAGCAGCAGCAGCAUCGACGACGUCAGGCGGUAGCUCCUUUGGCACCCAGGCACGUGGCAGUAGCCAGGCCCAUACAACGGAGAGGAAUCAGAGGCAUUCCGGUCGGUAUUACCACAAGCUCGAGGCAUAUCGUCCCAGUGCAACGGAGUUCCAGAAGGCCGUACAGAAGCACACUAUACUACGCACCCAUAUAGAUCAGAAUCCGAGCGAGGAGAAGCAGCAGGAUGCGGCAGCGGCAGCGGCAGCGCAGGACGCGCCUGUGUCCAGCACACCGAAGCCCAGUCGUGGCUGGAGCCUUUUGAGUUGGCGUGGCUAGAGAGAUGGACUCAGCUCCUCCCACUGCCCAGCACUGCCAUGCAACCAAUAUGCCGCAGAAUGUAUUAGCUCACCCGCCCAGUAAUAA